AUGUAAGUUUUUUUGUAUAUUGAAUAACGCUGCCAUCAACUUCUUGAAGAUGCCAGAAGGGCCGGAAUUACAUAUUGCGAGUAGAUUUAUUAAUCACAUGUGCAAGGGUCGAGUUUUUGGUAAGGUUCUGAAAUCAGAAAUCAGCAAAAAUCCAAACGUGAAUCCCCCAGCAGAAAAAUACAUUAUUUCAUCUUCAUCUCGCGGGAAAGAAAUUAAAAUAACCCUGACAGAAACAACAAAUGCGGACGGAGACAAAAAAUUAAGCAAAUCACAGACAAAUAGAUCUACUCUAGAUAUUCUUUUUACUUUCGGUUUGGCUGGAAAGUUUGAUUUUCAUGAAGCUAACGAGUUACAAAAGCAUGCCCAUCUCAACUUCUUCACAUGUGACUCACAACCAGCCAGUGUGCUCAGUUUUAUAGAUUACAUGAGAUUUGGAAAGUGGACUCCGGGUGCAGAUUUUUCAGUGAAAGAUAGAGGACCAUGUGUUCUGUUUGAUUACUCUAACUUCAGGAGCAAUGUUUUACAGAACCUGAAUGCAUCUGCUUUCAACAAACCAAUCUGUGAGGUACUACUCAACCAGAAAUACUUCAAUGGUAUCGGAAAUUAUCUGCGUGCAGAAAUCCUACACAGAGUGAAGAUUCCUCCAUUUGUGCAAGCACGUGGUGUACUGGAGCCACUGGCAGAAUGUGUAGAUGAUAUAAAGUCAGAGGAGCCUGAUAUUCUACAAUUAUGUCAUAUUUUACCACAUGAAGUUAUAGCACUAGAAAGUUCCUGGUACGAUGGUAAAGACCGGUCAGAUGAGAGUAACACAUUCAAUACUUGGUUACAGUGUUAUUAUCAAGAUGGUAUGAAAAAUAUUGCUGACCAUAACAAGAGGACAAUAUGGUACUCCGGACCAUUAGGUCCCAUGGCACCUGUAGAUGGAAAAGUAAGAGCUAGAAAAUCAUCAAAGAAGAAAUUGUCUGAUAGUGAAGAUGAUAAAAAUCAGACGAAGAAAACAUCUACUAAAAGAAGAAAGAAAGAUAUUGCUGGAGACACACUUAAAGAAGAAACUUUGCCUUCAGAAAAUAAACGAGCCAAACGCGCUAAAUCAGCCCAGUUGAAACUUGAGAAGGAGCAAAAGCUAGAAAAUGGUGACAGUAAAGAGGAAAAUAAUGAUGAAAUUAAAAUGAAACCAGAAACUAAAGUGAGGAAAGCAAGAUCUGGAAAACAAAAAGAGCAGGAUUCAGUAAGCAUAGCUAAAGUUACUGAUGACAUUAAACCAGAUCUGCAGAACGGUAGACUUACGCGAGGAAAGAUUAAACAAAUUGUAGACCAAAUUGAAAAUAUGUCUGAGAAGAAAACCAGACAAAGGAAGAAACCUGUUGUGAAACAAGAAAAGAUGACAAUAAAAUCUGAGAAGGAUGAGAUGGUAGCAGAUUUGGAUGAAGAUAAUAAGAUACAAAAGGGACAUUGUAAUGGUGAUUUAGCCCCAGUGAAUGGGAAAGUGAAAGUUGAACAAGUGAAUAUAGGAGAGGUUGAGACAAAAGUUAAACUUGUACUGUCAGCGAGAACAAAACUGAAGGCAAGGGCAGGAAAGUCAGUUAAAAAUGGAGAAGAUAUCGGGCGCAAUGUCAGAGGAAGACAGAAGGACAAAUUAAUAACUCCAAGAAAGAAACCAUUAAAGAGGCUCUCGCAUACAAAGAGAUGAUUAAAGAAAAUGGUGGAUACAGUGAAAGUGGAGUUGAUUUAGAAAGCCAGAAUGUGUUCAGCUUUGUGUUUUAUUUUAAGUCUUAAUUAAUGAAAUGUAUUGAAAGUCUACGGGUACUUUUAUUUUGGUAGAAACUUUGAACUAUUCUUAUAACAUACAAUUCAUAAACAUUGAUUAUAAAGUUACUAUUAGAAUAAGAAACAAUCAGGAAAAGACAUAAUUGAGCCGCAUCAUAACAACACCAAUUUAAUGGGUUUGCGACCAGCAUGGAUCCAGACCAGUCUGUGCAUCCGUGAAAUCUGAUCAGGAUCCAUGCUGAAAACCCUAUAGCAAGUAGAGAAACUGAUAGCGAACAGCCUGGAUUUGGAUCAGACUGCGCGGAAGCGCAGGCUGGUCUGGAUCCAUGCUGGUCGCAAACCCACUAUGUUGGUUUGUCCUGAUACGGCUCAUAUCAGGUUUUUGUGUAAAACCAACUCUAUUUCACCUAUUGUGUUCGCAGUAGUGAGCUGUUUAUUUGCAUUGAAACAGAAUAGAUUUUAAACGGA